AUGACAAAAGCAGCCCUCCUUAAACUACUUUUAGCCAUAGUGAUCACAUUUAUUUUAAUUCUGCCGGACUAUUUCAAGGCAUCAAAAGGAAACAUGUUGCAGCUAUCAUGUCUGGAAAUGUGUUUACAACCUAAUCUCACCUAUUCACUCUCUUCCUCAAAUUUUUCUUUUGUGACUUUCCUGCAACCAGUAAGGGAAACUCAGACUAUGAUGGGAAUUUCUCUAAAUCACUCCAGCUUUCAAAACUUCACCAGGAUGUGCCAAGACAUCACAAGUGAAUUUAAAAUGUGCUCCUCGUGUUUGAUUUGUGAAUCCAAAGGAAACAUGGAUUUUAUUUUUCAGGAACAAACAUCAAAAGUUCUUAUCAUGAGAGGAUCCAUGGAAGUGAAGGCAAAUGAUUUUCAUUCACCCUGUCAACAUGUUAACUUCAUGGUAGCUCCUACAGUUGACUACUUGGAGGACUAUGACAUUACCUGUAAUCUAAAAACAGACACUACAAGUUCAACAAUCAUGAAGGAAAAUCCAACCAAGGAAAAGUCUAUAAACCAUACUUGUGGAAUUAUGAACUACCUGAAUAAUUGUAUACACAUUUCUUUGUACCUAGAAAUGGAUGCAAAAAAUUUCUCUUGUUCCAUGAAGAUCACUUGGUAUGUUUUAGUAAUAUUAGUUUUUAUAUUUUUUCUCAUCCUCAUUAUCCACAAAAUACUUGAAGUCCACAGGCGAAUGCAGAAGUGGCAGAGUCAUAAAUACAAACCUUCAUCUGAUCUCUUAAGAAGGAGUCAUUCUGAGAAACUUCGAUCAUUGAAUACGCAGGUAAUUUCAGUAGAGACCACGCAAAGGCUGCCCUCAACUCAGGCCAAGGAAGGGCUUUCUCCAAUACCAGAGCUAGAAGUUCUUUCCACGAUGCAUGAGCACGAGCAGUAUACACGGUGA